AUGACGAGACGAGCGAAUAAACAGAAAAAAAAAUAUUUUCUCAUAUUUUACAAUAUAUAUGAAACAAUAAAGGUUAGUGGUUAAGGCGAAGUCGGAAUUUCCUUUAAUCUUCGAUUUAAAAUAGGAUUUUUGAAGGGAUUUAAAUAUGAUGAUUAACUUGCUCUCUAUUUUAAAAUCGAUUCAAAAUCUUGGGAAAGCCUAACCUGUGCAACAACUUCAUGUAGUUCACCAUUAUUGAUUGAUUUUUACGACUUUGAGACAGCACAAGUUCCCAUUUUAAUAUAUUAUAUUAAUCAUGAUAUUAAUCAAAUCAAUUUUGUUUUAUAGUGA